AUGGCAGUUACCGGAGCCAACCGUGGGAUUGGUCUCGGGGUAGCUGAGGCCUGCCUAGAUAAUGGUGCUCGAAUUGUUUAUUCGAUCGAUUACGCCGAGCCAGCUGAAGAUUUCGCUGCUGCGCAGAAGAGAUGGCCUGGUAAGCUCAAGGCUAUUCGAGCCGAUGUGACCAAGGAGCCUACCAUCACGGCUGCGGUUGACCAGAUUGUGGGCGAGAACGGCGCCAUACAUGGCAUGGUAGUCAACGCCGGCAGAACAAACCAUAAAGCUGCGCUGGAUUUUACAGAGGAGGAAAUCCAUGCCCUGUUCAACAUCAAUCUUUUUGGAUCCUUUUACUGCGCUCGCGCAGCUGCACGCGCCUUCAUCAAACUCGGCAUCAAGGGAGCUGUUGUCUUUACCGCGUCAAUGGCUUCAUACCGCCCAAAUAAGCGUGUACCCUCGGCUCCAUACGGUGCUAGCAAAGCUGGUGUUCGCAAUAUGACUCAUACGCUUGCGAUGGAAUGGGCCAAGUAUGGCAUUCGAGUGAACUCUGUCUCUCCUGGCCUUGUUGAGACUGCUAUGACAUACUGGGUGCCACAGCAGCCCGAUUGGGAGCAGCAGCUCAAAUACUAUGGCGGCAUGCCGCGGCUUGCACAAAUCCAGGAACUUGGAGGCGCUUAUGUCUAUCUUCUAAGUGACGCCGCCAGCUACACCACCUCGAUCGACAUUCCGGUCAAUGGUGUUAUUGGAAUUUGUUGA